ACCGGAUAGCCUAAAUAUUUUACCGGUUAGCCCUGGAACGUCGCGUGCGGCGUCCUUGACAGAUUGACCUACGUGAGCACGUUCAGCGUCAUAAUUCCCCAUUCCGAGUUACAUAAAUGCGUUUUUAGUAACCUAUAUCAUUAUUAUUAUUAUUUUUAAAUAUACUUGAGUUGGUUUAAAACUCUGAAAACUCUCGGUCUGAGUCGAAGCUAGCAUGAGUGCUAGCAGCAGGUCAAUGUUGAUGUUAGUCCAGCGAUGUGUGGCGUUGAGUCACCAGACGACCGCAAGGUGUGCGCUCAUUCCACGGCCCACUUGGACCUCUUCGACCCGGACAGCAGCCUCUCUUCGGGGAUUGUGUCGUCUCCAGUGCCCCUCCGUCGCGAGGAUCACCCAGCGUAGCCUGUGCAGCGAGGCGGCAUGUGAGGAAAAAUAUCCUCCUCUUCCAGCCUACCAGUCUGACACAAUGCCCACCGAGACGAAGGAGGUGUACAUCGUGCAGGUGAAAGGCCUCCCGUGGUCGUGCACGGCCCAGGACCUCGUGCACUUCUUCUCAGAAUGUCGAAUCCGCGACGGCACGUUGGGUGUGCACAUGACCGUGGACCACCAGGGGAGGCCGUCGGGACGCGCCUUUGUGGAGAUGGAGCACGAAGAGGAUGUGAGCAAAGCGCUGGAGAAGCACCGUCAGUACCUGGGCCCUCGCUACGUGGAAGUGUACGAGGUAACGAACAGCGACGCCGAGGGCAUCCUGAAGAAAGCGGCGUUGUUUCCCGCCGAUACCCGGGUUGUCCGGCUCCGAGGUCUCCCCUUCACAUGCACUGAGGAUGACAUUGUGCGCUUCUUUUAUGGUUUGGAGAUCAUGGAGAAAGGCAUCACUAUGGUGAUAAAUAGCAGAGGGAGAAGGUCUGGGGAGGCUUUUGUGUGGUUUUCCUCACAGGAAGCAGCCGAUGAAGCUCUGCACAGAGACAGAGAGCUCAUAGGGAACAGAUACAUUGAAGUGUUUCCCAGCAGCAGUCAAGAGAUUCACUCAACCUGGAGGAGUUCUUCACAAAGCGCAAACGACACAACGAGCAGGAAGAGAGUCAGCCCCAUACCCACGCAUGCCACACCUGCCAGACCUGCUGCUGUAUCAGUUCCUAAUCCUAAACUCUCCAACCUGUCACAUCACGUCCACUUGAGAGGACUUCCCUUCCACGUCUCUGGAGAGGAUAUCGUUAAGUUCUUUGCCCCGGUGGUGGCGUCCAGGAUCCGCCUAGACCUGGGACCCGACGGCAAGGCGAGCGGCGAGGCCGACGUUUACUUCACCAACCAUGAGGACGCUGUGGCGGCCAUGUCCAAAGACAGAAUGUACAUAGGUGAAAGAUAUAUUGAGCUGUUCCUCAAUUCAGCACCUGACAACGAAAGGUGAAAAACAAAAGAGCUUCAUCAGGCCCGGCUAUUGAACGCAAUGUACCUGCGACUUGUGGCUGAGCUGCUGGUUCAUGACACGCAGGUCGUCCAGUUGCUGUCGGAGUUCGACCAGCGCGUCCUGCUUCUCGCACACGUCCUUCUCCAGCAUCUUCAUGGACAGCUCCAUCUCCUGCUUCAUGCCGAUCUGCACCUCCAGCUCCUUCUCCACGUCCUGCACGAGGAAAAGUUAAGCUCUACAUAAUGCGGUGUGCAUUUUACAUGCAAGACUAGUGGUGGGCGAACUUUAGGGCCACAUUUGAUUUUAAAUACGGGACUAGUGGGCCAGGUAGAUCAGCUUUAAAAAAAUUAAAAUAAAUUGUGUAUGUAAAAUAUGUAUAAAAUAAAUAAAUAAAAAAAAAAAAUAAAAAUAAAAAAAAUUAAAAAAAAAAAAAAUAUAUAUACACACACACACACACACAAAGUAUAGAUAGUUACCCCCACCUCCACGGUAUGUUUUGCCAAUCCCGCUGGUGCACUCACACAAGUGUUUUAAGGAGGAAAAUGUUUCAUCAGUGUUAUGACAAAAUAUAGUCUAUAUUCUUUUAUUAUAUUAUCCCGUAGUUUUUGUGUGAUUUUCAUUACUUCAAUAGUUCUUUGUUCUUGUGUGACUUUUAAAAAAAUGUACCGAGUAGCUCUACCAGCCUCCCUCUUCUCUCAAGGACAAGAUAACUGUGUGAAUAGGUCUUUCUUUCCGUCUUCCCUCAUCUCCCUCCAAUUUUAGUUUAGCUGCGCGUUUGUUCUUCCGUGCUCUUCAGAGACGGGGAGAGGCGCGAAGCAACUGCAGGUUCCUCUCUUAACUGUCUCUCUCUUUGUAAAAAUGUAUCUCUUUCUUGUAAUAAAAACGCACAAACACAA